AUGGGCUCGUCGCCGGCCCUCCCUCACCUGGGCGGAAAUGAUGCCAAGUUGCAAAAGUAUUCAAAGUUGCUGCCUAUUCACACUUUAAGACUUGGUGUGGAAGUGGAUUCCUUUGAUGGGCACCAUUAUAUCUCUUCAGUUGUUCCUGGUGGUCCUGUUGAUACUCUGAACCUCCUACAGCCAGAGGAUGAGCUUCUUGAGGUCAAUGGUGUGCAACUCUAUGGAAAAUCUCGCCGAGAAGCAGUCUCCUUUCUUAAAGAAGUGCCACCCCCUUUCACCUUGGUUUGCUGUCGACGGUUGUUUGAUGAUGAGGCCUCUGUAGAUGAACCAAGGACCACAGAAGUCUGUCUUCCUGAGACGGAGGUUGACCACAAUGUAGAUGUCAAUACUGAAGAAGAUGAUGAUGGAGAAUUAGCACUCUGGUCUCCAGAAGUCAAGACUGUUGAGCUAAUAAAAGAUUAUAAAGGCCUGGGAUUCAGCAUUUUGGAUUACCAGGACCCUUUAGAUCCUACAAGAUCAGUGAUUGUAAUCCGCUCCCUGGUAGCAGAUGGUGUAGCCGAAAGAAGUGGAGAGCUAUUACCUGGAGACCGCCUGGUCUCAGUCAAUGAACACUGCUUGGACAACACCACACUUGCUGAAGCUGUGGAAGUGUUGAAAGCUGUGCCACCAGGCACCGUAUGCCUUGGCAUCUGUAAGCCUUUGGUGGAAGAUGAUAAAGAAGAAAAUUGUUAUAUUUUACAUUCAAGCAAUAAUGAAGACAAGACUGAAUUUUCAGGAACAACUCAUGAUAUAAAUUCAACUAUAAUACUUGAAGCACCCAAGGGGUUUAGAGAUGAACCGUAUUUUAAAGAAGAACUUGCUGAUGAACCAUUUCUAGAUUUGGGAAAGUCUUUCCAGUCUCAACAGAAGGAGGUAGACAACAGCACGGAGGCCUGGGAGAUGGAUGAAUUUCUGACUCCUAGAUUGCAGGAAAUGGGUGAAGAAAGGGAAAUGCUUGUUGAUGAAGAAUAUGAGCUGUAUCAAGAUCGCUUUCAGUCCAUGGAGUUGUACUCCACGUCGCACAUUCAAGAAGCCACUCCUGUGCCCUCUGUGGAAGAACUUCACUUUGGUACACAGUGGUUACAUGACAGUGAAACUCCCGAGUCUCAAGAAGCAAGAUCCAUGAGGAGUACAUAUUCCCAGGAGACACAGCAGUAUAGCUGUAGCACUGAAAACCUGAUGAAAGAAAAUUUUAGCCUCGAUUCCCUGCCGUCUGUACCCUCAACUAAAGGAAACAGUCAACAAAGCAGAUUUGAUGAUCUGGAAAAUCUUAAUUCAUUAGCAAAAAGCAGUCUGGAUUUAGCUUAA